AUGUCGUUCUUGCUAUAUAGAUGAGGGGUGGACACCAAACAGCGCACUGUUGCAGUGUGCUACCACUGUUUUUAAGGUCUACAUCUGAAGCCACCUCGCUGUCAACUCCCAGUCUCAUGCACAAGCACAGAAAAGCAAACCUACAUUUGUUGUGCUUGUCCUCUUAUUUUAUUGUUGCUUUCAUCUUUCUUUAGCACCACUCUCACUCCCAAGCAGACGGCGGCUCGUCUUGUGCUCUGUGGAAUGGAAGUGUAGCAGUUAGAUGAGGCGGAAGAAGAAGCCUUCCUUUUGCGGAGUCGGCCGACCACACUCCCACCACCGAACCGGCGGUGGCGAUCUCUUCUUCUGCUUUACUGCCCGCCGCUCCGCCGCCGCCGCCUCUUCUUCCUCCGCUGCCGUGAUGCGCACGACCUCCUUCAAGUCGCUCCCCAGCCCCGGCCGCAGCCGCGACCCCUCGGCGGCGGCGCCGUCCCUUUCCGCCUCCCUCAGCCGCCGCCUCCGGAGCAGCGGCAGCGUCAAGGGCGGCCAGUCCCCGAUGUUCCCCGCGGUCGUCGGCGGGAGGCGGAAAGGCGUCGCCUUUGAGGCGGCGGAGCCGUCCUCCCCCAAGGUCACUUGCAUCGGUCAGGUGCGGGUGAAGAGCAAAAAGAGGAAGAAGGCCUCGGUGAUGCGAUCGCGUUCCGUGAGGGGGAGCCGGAGGGAGGCGAGCUUUCGGAGGACGGAGGACGCCAGCGGACCUCGAGAGCGCUUGCCGAGCAGGAAUCAGAGGUGGGUGCAUCAGCUCCCGAUGAGCAUCUGCGAGGCGCUGAGGGCAUUCGGGUCGGAGUUCAACUGCUUCUCCCCUUGUGGUGGAAGGUCCCUCUGUUCCUCCUCUUCUGCGUCGAGAUCGGGCGACGCAACCGAAGGAGAAUGCUGCGAGAAGCGGUCGAGCUCCUGCGGGGCAGCAUUCGCUAGGUGGUUGAUGGCGGCCCCGGAGGGUAAGAGACGAGAGGACAUGGGCGUGGCAGCCGAAAAUAAAAGGGACAGAGAGAUGGGAACGGUGACAAAGGAGUGGGUAAGGAGAGAAGACUUGGGGUUGGUAGCGGAGAUGGAGAAGAGAGAAGAGGUGGUGAUGGUGGUGAAGAAAGGGAAGGAGGAAGAGGAGGAGGAGGAGGAGGAGGUGGAAGCAAGGGUCAGCAUUUGCAUUCCCCCGAAGAAUGCUCUGCUGCUGAUGAGAUGCAGAUCUGAUCCGGUCAAAAUGGCAGCCCUAACUAGCCGUUUCUGGGAUUCGCAGGCCGUGCAGGUGCGCGUCGAGGAGGGAGGAGAAGAGGAGGAAGAUAGUCGUGAUGAGGACACAGAUCAAUGCCGAGAGUCUGACGAAGGAACACAGGGAGAGAGGGAUAAAGAAGACACUGAAACGGAGCAAGUGGAUCAGGAGGAGGGAGUGGUAGAAGGAAGCCUUCAAGCAGUGGUUUCGGCAGAAGAACCAACUCAAGCAUGUGAGAAAAUAGAGACAAAGGAAGAGGAGGUGCAGGUGAAUCUAGAUCAAGAGAAACAAAAUAAGGAUGAGGACCUAAAAGAAGGGGCUGCAGCUGAGCUUGCUGAAGUGAAUGCAAACACAGGAGUUGAUCCAGAAGAGCUAGAAGUUGCGGCAGCUGAAGCAGAUAAAGUUAAGUUGGAAGAAAAACCAGAUGAAAAGGAUUAUGACAAUGAGACUCGGCCGGAGGAUAGGGAGGAAAAAGCAAGGAGAUCCAGCAGCUGCUCAUCCACAGCAGACAAGGAGGAGAGAUUGAAUAGGUGCAUUUCCAGGGCAAGAGAUGGAGGAAGGAAGCGCAGCUCUGCUUCGAGGGAGAGGGACAGGCGGCGGCGGCAUAGCUUCUCCACUGAGAGGGAGGCGAGUAGACCCAGCUUGAGUAGUGAAAAAGAAGUAAGGAGGGCGAGCUUCUCUACAGAAGGGAAGGGAAGAUGGAGCUUCUCCAUUGAGAAAGAUGGUCUGAAACUAGAAAAGGAAGCAAAUGACGAAGAAACGGAGACCAAAGAAGAUAGCUGGGCAGAGGAGACAGGACCAAAUGACACUGUUGAGGUUCAAAACAUGCAUAGAAUGGAUCAAGAAGAAGUUAAAGAUGAUGACGAUGGAGACAGACAACAACAUGGAGUAGAAAGUGAAGCAAGGGAAAAGAGAAAGGAGGAGAAAACGAGCACAGAGUUGCCCGACUGCCUUCUAUUAAUGAUGUAUGAGCCGAAGUUGUCGAUGGAGGUUUCAAAAGAAACUUGGGUCUGUAGCACAGACUUCCUUGAGUGGCAUCGCCACCACCCUAACAACCGGACUCAUCUCUCUUCCAAAGCCGCCGCUACCAUCAUCACCGAUACCACCAGCACCGGUGGUGCCAAGGUGAGUGAUGGAACCAAAGGUGAAUCAAGCAAGAAGAGCACAGAUAAAAGCAGUGAGAAGAAUGAAACGGUUGCACCCAUGAGAGAGGCACCUUGGCAUCCACCACCUCCACCACCAGCAUUGCCCACUAUGGUGGAUGCAGAGAAGAAGCUGAGAGGCAAAGUUUCUGUGCUGCAAACACCCGCUCAAGCUCUGGCAUAUGGGCCGUUUGUGCUGACACGAUGCAAGUCGGAGCCAAUGAGGUCGUCGGUGAGGCUGGCUCCGGAUGCUUGUUUUUGGAAGGACCGGCAUCAGCCCAUUGGGGCCACCGGAAUUGGAUUCUGAGCUGAUAACAAACAAUUUAAAUGGUUUUGUCUGGAUCUUCGACAAGGUAAGAACACCACUAACUAUUGUGCAAAACAUCGUUCAACUUCUUUGUGUUAGUGUUGCUUUGUUGCCUGUACAAUAAAAAUGACAAUCUCGGUUUGUUAUUCUAAUGGAGGUCUUGUGUGGCAACUGCAAAUUUUUGUUUAAACUUACUGUUCUAAUUUGACUCUGGGAUUAGUCUCAUGCUGGUAAAAGUGAAUAAAAUUUCUAAAAGAAUAUUUAGCAAUCAAGUGAAACACAUCUCAUUAUCCUUAUAUGCCUUUUAUGACAGGGAUAAGAAGCAUAUUUUGUAGGUAUCCCCUUUCAGAAAAAGAAAAUUCGGCAUGUGUGCUAUUAACUCUUAAGGCAGUGGCUAAUCAUGUGUCAGGACAUUUACUUUUGUCAAUUUCUUAGUAGUUUGUGGUUUUCAUUUGUUUACAUUUACUGGUUUAGUUUUACUGAUGAUCUUAGAGCUUCUCGUAUCGUUAGUCUGAUUCCGGUAAAAGUGAAUAAAUUUUCUAAAGGAAUGUUUAGCAAUAAAGUGAAACACAUCUUAGAUCUUUUAUGCUUAUCAUGACGGUGAUACGAUUUAUAUUUUUAUACUAAUCGCCUUGCUGCUAAAGAAAAUUUCGGGAUGUGUUCUAUUGACUCUUUUAAGCAAGUGGCAGAUUACAUGUUUGGACAUAUACUUUCAUCAAUUUCUUUGUAGUUUGUGGUUUCUUAGUUCUACUGAGGGAUCUUGGAGCUUCUCAUUUUGUUCUUCUCAUUUUGUUAGUCUCAUGCCGGUAAAAGUGAAUGAAAUUUCCGAAGGAAUGUUUAAUAGUCAGGCGAAACAUGUUUUGUACCUUAUUUGCUUUUCAUGAUAGCGAUAAUCUGUACUUUGAAGUGAUACCCUUUUACCGGCAUUUAGGAUGUGUUCUAUGACUCUUCUAAGCAAGUGGCUAAUUAUGUGUUUGGAAAUAUGCUUGGUCUUGUUCCUGUUUGUGUUCUCAGUUUAAAUCAUUAUAUUUUGCAUGACCAUAUAUAUGUUUCAAAUUCAUGGAUAAUUGUCUUAACAUUUUUGGAUCAAUUUAGUUUUGGAGUUUUCUUAUUCAGCCAACUAGAAACUCACAAGGAACUUUUGUGCAAUUCGAAGAAUCUUGUAAUUGCAUUGGUGAAAGUCAUUUCUUCAUAUGUUAAAGCAGUUCUGUUGUAUGGAUCGAUAUGAAACCAAAGAGACAACCUCAACAAGUUCAAUUCUAAGCCAAACAACUUGAACAAGAUGGUUGAGAAUUGCAAGGUUAGCUUGAACUUGCAGAAUAAUCCUAAAGCUUCUACCAAUUAUCUUCAGGCGAGCUUAGCUCUCAUAGUACAGUCAUUGAAGUUUUCACAUAAGACUCUCUAUUGCUUUGCUUAGCUCCCAACAGCAAUUUUUCAUAUAUCAAUCAUAUUUAUGUUUUUUGGAAGUACUAACAGUAAAGAAAAAUCUAAUCACAGAGCUACCAUUGGUUUCAUGAUAUCUUAUUACAUUGGUUUGAUGACAAGGGUAUAUAUAGAGAACUCUUAUUAGAUUUGCAGGAAUGAACUAUUGUCAUAAGCUUGUAUGUUGGUCACCUGGAUGUGAUUUGGCAUGCUUGAAUGAGAAUCUAACUACUAGGAAUUAUGUUGAACACUACUGGUGGCAAUUUGUGGAUAAAAAUUUCAGUGCUUUCUAAGUGUUUAAAGAAUCUAAUUACCAAGUAGUUCAAAACCAUGCAUGAAGUACUGAUCCACUUAGAGGGCCGGAGGCUGCCCUCCUGCUUGCCACUUCACAAAGAGAAAAGAGCAAGAGGUGGGGAGAAGAGAAAGAGGGCAGGGGAUAACUGGAGGAGACUGGCAAGCAUGAUUAGAAAGUGACAUAGGAAACCAUUAUUUCUUCCUCUUCCACAACUCUCACUGCUUGCUGACACCAUCAUUAUCUUUAGCAGCUUUUCCCCCAUGGAGUGCUUUGUGCUGAGAAAGUGAUCAGAGGUCCCCCUGUUUUCUUCCAGCCUCUCCAUCCAUCAGUUGUGCCUGAGACAUGCAUUCCACCAAACAAAUUUGAUCUGAGUCCAUAUGCUUUCCUCUUGCAGGCAUUCAGAACAAGCAAAAUCCUGUUACUGCAGGCAUCAGAAGCUCAACUUUUUGAUUAGUAGUAUUACACCACAGCGUAGCAGUUGGCAGGACAUAACAAAGCUGACUAAUUUCUGCUAACCCACUGUUCAAAAAGCUGCAACGAAUCUUAAUGUAUGAGUGCCCGAAUCCACCGGUCUGCCAGUAGCCACUGCAGACAGCCACAAAGGUAAAUGAUGGAAGAAGAGGGCAAGAUUUGAACCCGGUUCGCAUGGGGUCGAUUUGGUCGGGUUGGUUCUUCCAAUAACCAACCGGUUUAGCGUUCGGAUUUUGGAGUCGGAUCUAAAUUAGUCAGAUGUCGGGUCGGGUUUAUGAGGCUGAGAUUGUGCUCUUACUUAACCCCUUAGUCGGAUCAUAAUUUCCAAACCCAAGCCCAACCCAGUUGGAGUCUAUCAGUCCAGUUGGGUCUUUACGGUUUGGGUUUAGAUUGGACUCACUUGGACCCGUUUAA